AUGGUUAAAAUCUUUCAGCCACUACUAAAAACAGCAUUGAUUUAUAUUGAUGAUAUACUAUCGUUCUCUGAAAAUAAGGAUAUCCAUGAUUUGCUAAUCCAAAGGUUCACAGAAAUUGUCACAGAACAUGGGAUCAUGCUAUCAAAGAAAAAGAUGAUCAUUGCAGUAUUUGAAAUUGAUUUUCUCGGGAUGCAUAUAAAAAAUGGCAACUAUUCACUCCAGCCACACAUUGCUGAAGAGCUCCUCAAAUUUCCCAAUGAGAAUUUAACAAAACAACAGGUCCAACAAUUUCUUGGUGCAAUAAACUAUAUGACAAACUUUUUCAAACAGUUGACUCCUAUUAUACGACCUUUACAGGAGAUGCUUAAGAAAAACCCUCCACAAUGGUCACCCAGAUAA